CCUUGAACGCAUGCGUUAGCCAAUCAACAUAAGAUAUGACAGGAUAUUGACUUUUUAAAGUAGUACGUGUUGCGUCAAAUAUGUGUAUUGUUUGAAUAACAUGAUCCAUUAAGAUCUGUCUCGAGAUAAAGUUGUUGUGAAGCAUAAAUGGCAAGUACGGUCUAUGACAAGAGAGUUAUUUUUACAUCACGUCAUUUCAAAAAAGAAGUCUUGGUAAAACUGAAUACCCAGAAUACACCGGUUUGGAUUCCCUUACAAAUAACAGAGAAAAGCACACGGACUUUGAUACUGUACUUCUUCUUAGAUGACGGAAGUAAAACAUCAAGUUCGCUUAUUUUGACUGUGCCUCUACACUUCAGCCUCUCAGCUAAUGUAAAUGAUUACACAUGUGAAGCAUUAUUACAAGAUGACAGAGAUGGAAAAGAACUUGCUAAAGAACUAAAACAAAGUUCUGAUGUGAGGUCAUUUUCUGUAGAUGUCACUCAUACACCUCCUUCUACAUAUACUGUAACAGACCUUAAAAAUCCUAAUGUCGAGUAUGGAAAACCGUUAUAUGGACCGUCACAAGCCUCUUCUGAGCUUGACUUCUCUCUACGUGACAUUCAGGAAGGGCUUCGGAAAUUGAGUAUUAUUUCUUCUUCGACUGCUCGAAAUUGUCUUGUACCGUCAUUACCAUUAUGUGUUAUUUCAAAUGGCAUUGGUCAUAGGGUUGACUUACCCGUAACCAUCUCACCAAAUAACACUAGGCAAAAUAAUGUUCUACCAUGCCAAAGUCUUAUUUUUCUGAAGGACGUAGAAACAAGAGCAACACAUUUAUACACUACAGAGGCGUCUAAAUUCACAUUUCCGUUCCAGCUUCGCCCUGUUUCUGAUUACGAACUUAUGGUAUUUCAGGGAUGUCAAACUCAGGAUAAUUGUUUUCUCAUUAAAGCAGUGGCUGUUUGCUCAUUUAGAUCAUACAUGACGGCACAAGAAGUCAUUCUGCUAUACGGAAAAGCCUGUUCACACAUGUCAUCGAUGGGCGCGGAGGAGUUUGCCAACUUUGUUCCAAUAACACAUCUUUAUCGCAGCAAACCCAUUCUACAUUUUCUGAACAUAUACAACAACACAAACGGAAUCAUGUACAAGUAUAUAAAGAACUUUGGUGGAGAUCCGUCAUCAACCCUUAACAGAAAACUUCACGGCCUUUUUUUCAGUGCAAACAUUGAUCCUCUGACAGGUCGUCCUCCGGAUGUGUCGUAUUACGGGGAUCAGAGAAUCCACAUUCCAGUGAUGUUCAUGAUUAACUCUGAUAUAAACUUGUAUUUCGCAGACUUUUAUUGUCAUUACGUCAAUCAUCACGUGACAUUGGUUGUAACUUUAAAAGGAAGUGAAGCGGACCUCUUUUGUAGUAAAAGAUUGAUGCCCCUAGAUCCAAAUUUUAACGUAUUUCUGUUUCGUCGUCCACAUGCUUUGCAUGCCAUGGUGAAUUCAAAAAUCACAGUGGAAGUAUUUUAUACAGAAAGUAUAAAUAUUGUCCAAAUGAUAAAUUCCCGCUGUGCUUUUUUAACAUCUGUAACUCAAAAAGGUAAUGCUGCUUUAAAAACAGCAGUUGGUCUGCCCAAAAGGCGGGACUGUAAAAUAUGUAAUCUAAAAACUAAUUCGUGAUACUGUUUUUCAUUUUAGGAAACUGUUUUAAAAAUUUUAUGUAAAUAAACUUUAGAAUUUUACACUU